AUGUCAUGUCAGUUUCGUCGUUUCGUCGUCGGCAGUCGGCAAUUUUCUUCUACAGUACCGUAGUCAGAGGCGAAACCAUAAUUUUAAUCUGAUGUGCAAUUGAUGGAGAAAGGUAUGCCGAACGUCAAUCUUGUGUAUGGCACUCAUGUGACGGACAAUGACCCUCGCUUACAUCCGGUUCUCAUUGUUGGCCAACUCAAGAACCUUAACCGGAUCAAGUUUGAUGAUAUCAAGUGUAAACUUGGUGGCCGGGUGACUGUAGAGGACUACCAGUUAGCUGUGAAACGGUUUUCCGGAUCUCACAAUGACCCUGUCAACUUAUACCUGAACUAUGCAACGAUCGCACCUCUGCCAGACCAGGCGUCACGCCACAACGCCCCUGCACGACCCCAUGCACUCACCAAGGUCGUAAAGUCUGAGACCUUUGACAUUGAUGGCGAGAGCAUUGUGGUGGUGUGCGAAAGGAAGGAUGUAUUUGCGUCAGGAUGUGCUGUGGCGAGAGCAUUUCCAUUGUACUCUCGCAAGUUUGCCCGAGUCAUGGAGAACACCACUGUGACAGUGACGGUGGAGUUCCUAGUCUUAGAGGAAGACGGGUCAGUGUCCAUGGUGACCAGGGAGGAGGCUGCAGCUCUGCAGUCCGCAGCCGACGGAAUCAGACUAGCCGCACGCAUCGUCGACACUCCCUGCAACGAGAUGAACGUUGACAUAUUUGUCAAUGAGAUACAACAAGUGGCGCAGCUGCUGAAUGUCAAUGUGUCUGUUAUCCGAGGGGAGGAGCUGAGAGAGAAGGGAAUGGGAGGGAUCUACGGUGUGGGCAAGGCAGCCAACUGUCCCCCAGCUCUAGCAGUGUUGAGUCAUCAACCCCCAGGUGCAACUCAGACCAUCGCCUGGGUUGGCAAAGGCAUUGUCUACGACAGCGGCGGUCUUAGCAUCAAGUCAAAGACGGAUAUGCCUGGGAUGAAACGUGACUGUGGAGGAGCUGCAGCCAUUCUAGGUGCGUUCUAUGCCACAGUGAAGCAAGGGUUCUCCCAGAACCUGCAUGCUGUCUUCUGUCUGGCUGAGAACUCUGUGGGUCCUGACUCUACACGGCCUGAUGACGUUCACACUCUCUACUCCGGCCGGACUGUAGAGAUCAACAACACAGAUGCCGAGGGUCGUCUGGUGUUGGCUGACGGAGUCGUGUACGCCUCUCGCGACCUUAAAGCUGACCUCAUCUUGGACAUGGCUACUCUUACUGGGGCCCAGGCUAUCAGCACUGGAAAGUAUCAUUCAGCUGUACUGACCAACUCUUCUGAGUGGGAGAACAAUGUGGUAACAGCUGGCCGAACGUCUGGUGACUUGGCAUUCCCUAUCGUCUACUGUCCAGAACUGCACUUCAGCGAGUUUACAUCUGCUAUAGCAGACAUGAAGAAUUCUGUUGCUGACAGACACAAUGCACAGUCCUCGUGUGCUGGGUUGUUUGUUGCUGCUCAUCUUGGGUUUGACUUCCCUGGCAUCUGGAUACAUGUGGACAUGGCCUCGCCAGUACAUGCCGGUGAACGAGCAACAGGUUAUGGAGUUGCGUUGCUGACGGCUCUUUUUGGAGGAUUCUCUUCCGAUAAAUAUCUUCAGUAUGUGGGACAAAAUGUUGCAUUGAAUUGUGUCAAGCAUAUCCAGACCAAUUUGUCCUGAUUACUACUGAGUUUAUAAACAAUAAAUGAUUCAAUAUCCAAA